AUGGGCCGGUACACGGCUGCGGGAAUUGAGGAGGGGGUGAAAAGGGAGGAGGAGGAGGAGGAGGAGGGUGGCUAUCUGGAAAAACUUAGGGGUAAAAGCAAAGAACCCAUGUCCAUAGAUUGUGGUCCAAAUUAUGCAGGGUUUCGUAUGAAAUGCAGGAAGCUGGUUCAGUGGAGGGAAGUCGAUGGCAGCCAGGUUGUCAUAUAUGCCCUUGUUCCUUUCAUUCAGAUGCACACAUCUGGCAUCUUUUCAGGGCUCAAGCCUCUUCUCAACCCUCACACUUGGGGGUUGGAGGGGGCCCGUGUUUGGGUCAGAGAGAAGGAGCAGCUUGUUCCCGCCACUGUAAACUCUUGUGGGGAUGGAACCCUCGUGGUCACAACCGACUAUGGAGAGGUGUUGUACUUGCAGCAGGCCGAGGUUACCAGGGAGCGGGUGUAUGCUAUGCACCAGUCCAGCAUCGAUGGGGUGGAGGACAUGUCAGCCCUGGCCGAGCUGCACGAGGCUGCCAUCAUGCACAACCUGUACCAGCGCUACAAGAAGGAUAACAUUUAUACUAAUAUCGGCAGCAUCCUGGCAGCCGUCAACCCUUACAAGCAGAUCCCAGGUCUGUAUGACCCAGAAAGGGUGGACCUUUACUCCAAGCACCAUCUAGGGGAGCUCCCACCACACAUCUUUGCUGUGGCCAACGAAUGCUACCGCUGCAUCUGGAAACGCCACGACAGCCAGUGUGUCCUCAUCAGUGGUGAAUCGGGUGCAGGGAAGACGGAGAGCACUAAAUUGCUGCUACAGUUCCUGUCGGUGAUGAGCCAGAAAUCAGCUGGGACUCCUCCAUCAGAGAAAAGCACGCGUGUGGAGCAGGCCAUCGUACAGAGCAGUCCGAUCAUGGAAGCGUUUGGUAAUGCAAAGACUGUUUACAACAACAACUCCAGUCGCUUUGGGAAGUUCAUCCAGCUUCACUUCUCUGAGAGCGGCAACAUCCAGGGAGGCUGCGUCAUCGACUAUUUACUGGAAAAGAACCGUGUGGUGCGACAAAACCCUGGAGAACGAAACUACCACAUCUUCUACGCUCUGCUGGCGGGAGCUAACAAAGAGCAUAAAAGUUCCUACUUCCUCGAGGACCCUGCUGAAUCUUUCCACUACCUCAGCCAAUCAGGAUGUCUGAAGGACAAGAGCCUGAAUGACAAAGAACUGUUUAACAGCGUUAUGGAGGCACUGAAGGUGUUAGAGUUCACAGAGGAGGAGAUCAGAGACAUGUUUAAGCUGCUGUCAGGAGUCUUACAGCUGGGAAACAUUGAGUUCAUGACUGCAGGAGGAGCCCAGAUCACCACUAAGCAAGUGAUCAGUAAUGCCAGUGAGCUCCUGGGCCUGGAUGCUUUCCAGCUGUCUGAAGUCCUGACUCAGCGAUCCAUUAUACUCAGAGGAGAGGAAAUCUGCUCCCCUCUCACUAUAGAGCAGGCUGUGGACUCCCGGGACUCUGUUGCCAUGGCGUUGUAUUCCCAGUGUUUCUCCUGGAUCAUCCUGAAGAUCAAUCAGAAAAUCAAAGGGAAGGAAAACUUUAAAUCCAUCGGUAUCCUCGACAUCUUCGGCUUUGAGAACUUUGAGGUGAAUCGGUUUGAGCAGUUUAACAUCAACUACGCCAACGAGAAACUUCAGGAGUAUUUCAACAAACAUAUCUUUUCCCUGGAGCAGCUAGAGUAUAACAGGGAGGGCGUUCAGUGGGAUGCCAUAGACUGGAUGGACAAUGCAGAGUGUCUUGACCUUAUAGAGAAGAAACUGGGCUUGUUGGCAUUGGUGAAUGAAGAGAGUCGAUUCCCCAAAGGAACAGACUUCACUCUGCUGGAGAAGUUGCACAGCAGACACUCUACAAAUCCUUAUUAUGUGAAGCCCAGACUUGCUGAUCAUCAGUUUGGCAUCAAACAUUAUGCAGGGGAGGUCUUGUAUGAUGUUAGAGGAAUCCUGGAGAAGAACAGAGACACCUUCAGAGACGAUAUCCUAAAUAUGCUCAAGGACAGCAGACUGGACUUCAUAUAUGAUUUAUUUGAGAAGGUUGGCAGCAGGAACAACGAGGAGAAGAUGGGAACAGCCAGACGCAAACCUACUGUGAGCUCCCAGUUCAGGGACUCCCUCCAUGCUCUCAUGGCCACUCUGAGUGUAUCCAACCCUUUCUUCAUUCGCUGCAUUAAACCCAACAUGGAAAAGAAUCCAAAUGUGUUUGACCCGGAGGUCGUCCUGAACCAGCUGAGGUAUUCUGGGAUGCUGGAGACUGUGAAGAUCCGUCGUGCUGGGUUCCCCGUCCGCAGAACUUUCAAAGACUUUUUCUCUCGGUAUAAAAUCAUUGUGAAAGAAAAAGUACCAGCAGCUGGAGAUGAUAAAAAGAGGAGUACAGACCUCCUACUGAAAUAUGACAAGACCAAGAAAGAGUGGCAAAUAGGCAAGACCAAGGUGUUCAUGAAGGAGUCUCUGGAGCAGCGUUUAGAGAAAGACAGGGAUGAAGUCCGACGCCAAGCUGCUAUGAUAAUCCGAGCUCACCUUCUCACUUUUUCUGCCAAGAAGUACUUCAAGCGUGCACGAGCCAGUGUCGUCACCCUCCAGAAACACUUAAGAAGGCACAUCCAACACAGGCGAUUCGUGAAGCAACGCAAGGCAACUCUGGUGCUGCAGAAAUACAGGCGAGGUCAGGUAGCUCGGACUCGUGUUCGAAAACUCAGAGAGGAGAAGAAGAAGAGGGAGGAUGAGCAGAGGAAGAAAGAGGAGGAGGAGAAGAAAGCACUUGGUGAAGGGCAGGAGCAGGAGCAGGAGGAAACGAAUGAAGGAGCAGAGAAGAAAACAAAAUCGUCAGAGGACGAGGCCCGGCAGAUGGAGGAGAUCCUGCAGUUGGAGCGAGAGAUUGAGCGCUUGCAGAAGAAGAGAGAGGAUGAGGUGUCGCAGCUGUGUGAGUCCUCCAAACAGGAGCUGCAGCUGCGCCGGGACGCUGAGCUCAAACGGAUGAAGAAAGAGGCAUCUCGCAAGGCCACAGAGCUCAUCGACCUCCUGAACUUUGGAGGCGUGGAUCCUUCGCUGGGAGCAGUGGGAUCUAAGCCAGCAGCUGAGGCGAAAGCUCCGAAAGGGGCAAGUGCCCCUCGAGGUGCAUCCAAAGAGGAGGAGGUAGAUGAGGGCUUCCAUGCUGAGGAGGAGUGCAUCCCUCUUCCUGACUUCCCUCCACCUGCUGAGACAGAUGUUCCUAUGGACCAGGACAUAUUUGCUCAGCUCCCUCCUCCCCCACCUGCCUUUGCAGAGGGGACAGUGCCUCCUGCACCACCUCCUCUGCCCACAGACGGCGUGCCUGUUGCUGGAAUUCCUCCCCCACCUCCUCUCCCACCACCUGAAGAUGGCUCUGCUGUCCCACCACCUCCACCUCCUCCACCACCACCUCCACCUCCCCCAGGAGAGGGAGAAAAGAAAGAGGGAGCCAAGGUGGAGCCGGAGAGGAAGGUGAGCAUGGUGGAGAGCCUGGUGGACGGGGAGGAGCCAAUCUACAGCAUGCCGGCCGACACCGAGUCAGAUUACGACCAGGAGGAGGAGGAAGGGUCCGUCACUGCUGGAGAUGACAGCUCCGUAUCUGGGAGCAACCGCGGGAGCACCGCCGUGACGGACGAGGAGCACCCGAGGAAGUCGACCUGCACCAACGCCAGCAUCGAGUCCUACAGAGGCAGCUCUGACUCUUAUGCAGACAGUGAUGAUGAGCAUGAUGGGAUGAUGGACACUGAUGAGGAAGUGACAAACGGUAGAGUGACAUUGCUUAAUGGAAAUGGACCGCCAUAUUUCCAUGGCUACCUCUACAUGAAGGCUGGGCUGAUGAUCCCAUGGAGGAGACGUUGGUGUGUGUUGAAAGACGAAACCUUCAUGUGGUUCCGGUCCAAACAAGAGUCUCUGAAGUCCGGCUGGCUCUACAAGAAAGGAGGAGGCCUCUCCACUCUCUCACGGAGGUUAAACUGGAAGAUGCGUUGGUUUGUACUGAGGGACAGCAAGCUGAUGUACUACGACAAUGACAGUGAGGAGAAGCUGAAGGGAACCAUUGACAUCCGGGCCGCCAAGGAGAUCGUGGAUAAUCAUGAAAAGGAGAACGCUCUGAACAUUGUGACAGAUGAGAGGACCUACCAAGUGUUUGCAGAGUCACCAGAGGACGCAAGUGGGUGGUUUAAUGUCCUCAGUAAGGUGCGUGUGUGCACUCCCGAGCAGCUGCUGGAGAUGUCCCAUGAACAGGCCAACCCAAAGAACGCUGUGGGAACUCUUGAUGUCGGACUGAUUGACUCUGUUUGUGCAUCAGACAACCCUGAUCGGCCCAACUCUUUUGUCAUCAUUACUGCCAACCGUGUGAUCCACUGUAACAGCGACACACCGGAGGAGAUGCAUCACUGGAUCAGUCUGCUGCAGAAACCCAAAGGAGACGCCAGGAUCGACGGGCAGGAGUUCCUUGUCAGAGGUUGGCUCCAAAAGGAGAUGAAGACGAACGCUAAGAGCACCUCCCUAAAGCUGAAGAAGCGCUGGUUUGUUUUGACCCACAACUCCCUGGAUUACUACAAGAGCUCAGAGCGAAACUCCUCCAAGAUGGGAACUCUGGUCCUUAACUCCCUCUGCUCCAUCAUUCAGCCGGAUGAACGUGUGCACAGGGAGACAGGUUACUGGAACAUCAUAGUGUACGGGAGGAAGCAUUCCUACCGACUCUACACCAAGAUGCUGAAUGAGGCCAUGAGGUGGACAGCUGCUAUACAGGGAGUCAUAGACAGCAAAACCCCCAUAGAAACUCCGACUCUGCAGCUCAUCAGAGACAUCAAGGAGAACAGUGUGAACCCAGACAUAGUGGAGCAGAUGUACAGGAGAAACCCCAUCCUCAGAUACACUCAGCAUCCUCUGCACUCCCCUCUACUGCCGCUCCCUUAUGGAGAGGUUACCAGCCUACAAAGGCAGCAGGGUUAUGCCAGUCUGCAGGAUGAGGCGGUGCGAGUGUUCAACUCACUGCAGGAGAUGGAGACUCUGGCAGACACAGUGCCCAUCAUUCAGGGCAUCCUGCAGACCUGCCAGGACCUGCGCCCUCUCAGGGAUGAGGUAUAUUGUCAGGUGAUCAAGCAGACCAACCAUGUGCCUCAGCCUAACAGCCCAGCCAAUCGUGCACAUUGGCACCUGCUCACCUGCAUGAGCUGCACCUUCCUCCCCAGUCGAGCCAUCCUCAGAUACCUCCGCUUCCACCUCAAGAGGGUUCGUGAGCGUUAUCCUGGCACAGAGAUCGAACGUUACGCCACUUUCAUUGGGGAAUCCCUAAAGAAGACCAAGACUCGUGAGUUUGUUCCCUCUCAGGAGGAGAUCGCCGCCCUGCUGGUGAGACAGGAGAUGAGCACCACCGUUUACUGCCACGGUGGAGGCUCCUGCAAGAUCUCCAUCAAUUCACACACCACAGCCGGAGAGGUUGUGGAGAAGCUGAUCAGAGGCCUGGCCAUGGAAGACAGCAAGAACCUGUUUUCUCUGUUUGAACACAACUCCUUCACAGACCGAGCUUUGGAGAGCAGAGUGAUCGUGGCAGAUGUUCUGGCCAAGUUUGAAAGGUUGGCAGGAAGUGAAGAAGAGGAGGAGGAAGGAGAAUGGAAACUCUACUUCAAACUCUACUGCUUCUUGGAUGUGGAGAGCAUGCCCAAAGAGGGAGUAGAGUUUGCUUUCAUGUUUGAACAGGCUCAUGAGUCUCUGAUAAGUGGCCACUUCCCGGCCUCAGAGGAGACUUUGCAGCACCUGGCUGCUCUGCGUCUCCAGUAUCUCCACGGUGAUGGGGCAGGUCGGGCCGGGUGGAGUCUGGGAAGCGUUUAUCCAAUUGGACGCCUCCGCAAUCGCAUACUCCACUCCACCAAGCCGGGCGUGGGGGCUGCAGGUGGAGCUGGAGUAGGUGGAGGAGGAGUGGGAGACGGGAAGGGCUUGGUGGGAGGACAAGGAGGUGUCGGCACCGGGGCAGAGAAACGAAAGACCCCGAGCUUCCUGGACGGUACCCUGAGGAGGAGCUUCAAGACUGGUUCACUGAAGAAGCAGAAGGUGGAGGAGGAGCAGAUGUUGGAGAUGUGGGUUAAGGAGGAGACGUCUGCUACAAGGACCAGUGUGCUGGAGAAGUGGACCCGGCUGCAGGGGAUGCCUCAGCACCAGGCCAUGCUUAAAUAUAUGAGCAUCAUUAAGGAGUGGCCUGGAUAUGGAUCUACUCUGUUUGAUGUGGAGUGUAAAGAAGGUGGUUUCCCUCAUGACCUGUGGCUGGGUGUGAGUGCUGACAAUGUCUCUGUGUAUAAGCGAGGUGAACCCAAACCCCUGGAGACCUUCCAGUAUGAACACAUCACCUUCUUUGGGGCUUCGCAGCCCUGCACCUACAAGAUCAUCGUGGAUGAAAGGGAGAUGUUCUUUGAGACUCCAUUGGUUGGAGAGAUCACCAAGAUCAUGAGGGCCUACAUUAACAUGAUGGUGAAGAAACGUUGCAGCAUCAUGUCAGUGACCAGCGUUGCCAGUUCCUGGGCCAGGUGA